AUGUCGAUAUCAAAAAUAAAACAUGCAGCUAAAUCAUUAAAAAAUUUUCAAGGUAUUCGUUUUGAAGAAUGUUUGGAUAAUGGUGAAACAGCUGAACAAUUAAAUAAAUGGCUUUUAGAAGUAUCAUGGGAAGUUGCAAAUAAAGUUGGAGGAAUUUAUACUGUUAUACGUUCGAAAGUACCCGUAACAAAAAAAGAAUAUGGAAAUAAUUAUAUUUGUUUGGGUCCAUAUAAUGAUUCAUUUGUUAAAACUGAAGUUGAAAUUUGUGAAUCAAAAAUUGAUGCGAUUAGAGAAUCAGUUAAUGAAAUGAAACGUUUUGGUAUUCAUGUUGUAACUGGAAAUUGGUUAAUUGAUGGUUUUCCUCAAGUUGUUCUUUUUGAUAUUGGUUCAGCAGCACAUAGAUUAGAUGGUUGGAAAGGUGAUUUUUUUGAAUAUGCACGUAUUGGUAUACCAUAUCAUGAUAGAGAAUCAAAUGAUGCAUUAUUAUUUGGUUUUUGUGUGUUUUGGUUUCUUGGUCUUUUUAUUGAUCAAGUAAAACGAAAACAAAAAAGUUAUGUUAUCGCUCAUUUUCAUGAAUGGUUAACUGGUGUUGGUCUUAUAAUGACACGUCUACGUAGUUAUGAUUGUGCUUUAAUAUUUACUACACAUGCAACACUUUUAGGAAGAUAUUUAUGUGCUGGUUCAGCAGAUUUCUAUAAUAAUUUACCUUUCUUUGAUCUUGAUAAAGAAGCUGGUGAUCGUCAAAUCUAUCAUCGAUAUUGUAUUGAACGUGCUGCUGCAUCAUGUGCACAUGUAUUUACAACUGUUUCAAAAAUAACUGGCAUUGAAUCUGAACAUCUUUUAAAAAAGAAACCUGAUGUAGUAACACCUAAUGGACUUAAUGUUCAAAAAUUUGCUGCAUUACAUGAAUUUCAAAAUUUACAUGCACGAAAUAAAGACAAACUCAAUGCAUUUAUACGCGGACAUUUUUAUGGACAUUAUGAUUUUGAUUUGGAUAAAACAUUGUAUUUUUUUAUUGCUGGUCGAUAUGAAUAUACAAAUAAAGGUGCUGAUAUGUUUAUUGAAUCAUUAGCUCGAUUAAAUCAUCUGCUUAAAUCGUCAGGUUCUGAAGUAACUAUUGUGGCAUUCCUUAUUUUUCCGACAGCAACGAACAAUUUUAAUGUUGAAUCAUUACGUGGUCAAUCUAUUGCAAAAAUGUUUCGAGAUACAGUAAGCAAUAUACAAGGUGAUAUUGGAAAAAGACUGUAUGAAAUUAGUCUUAAAGGUCAACUUCCGACUGCUGAACAAAUUUUACAUUCAAGUGAUUUAAUUGAAUUAAAAAAAUGUAUUUAUGCAUCACAACGUUCGACACUACCACCCAUAUGCACACAUAAUGUAUGUGAUGAUGUUCAGGAUCCAAUAUUAAAGGCUUUACGUCGUUGCCAAUUAUUUAAUGCACGUUCAGAUCGUGUUAAAGUUAUAUUUCAUCCUGAAUUUUUACGUUCAACAAGUCCAUUAUUACCACUUGAUUAUGAUGAAUUUGUACGUGGUUGUCAUUUGGGUGUAUUUCCAUCUUAUUAUGAACCAUGGGGUUAUACACCAGCUGAAUGUACAGUUAUGGGUGUACCAAAUAUUUCAACGAAUUUAAGUGGUUUUGGAUGUUUUAUGGAAGAACAUGUUAAUGAACCUCAAACAUAUGGAAUUUAUGUUGUUGAUAGAAGAUAUAAAAGUGGUGAAGAAUCAUGUCAACAACUUGCACAAUAUAUGUUUGAUUUUUCAUUAUUAACUAGACGACAACGUAUUAUUUUACGUAAUCGUACAGAGCGAUUAAGUGAAUUACUCGAUUGGAAUAUAUUAGGCAUUGUAAGAUGUUUUCUUCAGGCAAGUGAAACAUCAUCGAAUCCUUCAACACCAGCUAUAUCUCGUUCAUCAACACCAGCACCACCUGAACAUGAUGAUGAAGGAACUGAGGAUGAAGAUGAAAGUCACCUACAACCACCACCACCACAAAUAUCAUCCCAAAAAAUUCCACCUAAAGAACCUUCAUCAACCGAUCAAGCAUAUAAACCUUCAUUUACACGUCCAGCAUCAGCUACACAUCUUCCUCUUGAUAAACAAUUUCGUGCAGCUGCUGUUGCUGCUGCUAAUGCUGCAGCAGCAAAUGAACCAACAUUUCCUGAUGCUCUUGACGAUGAAAUAAGUCAAAUAACAAUUGGAAAAGAACAUCAAUCAAAUGUAGCAUCUACGACCCACACAAUGAAACAUGAUGAUAAAGUUGAUUUUAGUUUACAUGAUCAUGAUGAGUCAAAUAAUUCACAUCAUAAUCAAAAACAAGUGCCACACCAUGAUAACAAAACAUCAAUAUCAACAAAAAAUGAUUUUACUAUAUCGCGUGAAUUGCAAGAAACAACAAUUACUGGAAAUACAACUUCAGCUGAAUCUACAAGUGCUGAAAAUAUUCUAUCGUCAUUGAAGCUUGAAGAACAACAGAAUACUAAACCAACAGGAAAAGAACAACAGAAUACUAAACCAACAGGAAAAGAACAAUCAUAA